AUGGUUCACAUUCAGGUAUCUUCAUCAAAUUUAGCACAUUACGAGUUAAAUCUUGACCAGUGGCAAAGACAACGUAUAUGCACCAAGGAUAGUAAUGAAGCUGUUGAUUUACCGGGAACAUUGUGUGGGAUACAACUAAUCAAUACCAUCGAUGGUCCUGCAUGCGAUGGAUAUAAUCCAGGCCUAUGGGAGUGCCCGUCUGGAUAUACUCCACGACAAUGGGAAUCCGAGAAAAACGUAAUAAGUCUGGUUCGUAUUUGUGCGAAGACAAUGUCAGCUGCUCUUGGUGUAUUACGUAUUCGAAAUAUUGAAACAAAAGACUAG